UAAACUAAUUCCAACAGAAACUUUCUUAUGAUAAAUAUGUUCUUUAAUAUGAAGUGAAACACUAAAAAAAAGUCCUCAAAAAUCGGGCGACAGGGUUUUCAGAUACAACGUCGGAAAGUUUAUGUUUUGUUCGUUUUCUGACGAUGUCCAUUACCAUACACCAUAUCGCUCGUUUUCCUACUUCCGGUUCUGACGUAAACAAAGCGUCUGCAAAGUUUACUGUGAAAGUGUUACAUUAUCCGUUUAUUUAACCACCAAGACGAAUAUAUUUCAAAGGAUUGGAAAUAUGGAAUGCGUAGCACGAUUAAUUAUAUUUGAAACACUGUUAAAGAGAAGCUGAUGAAACAGAUGUACAUUAUCUUUGAUUACUGCUGCUUACUGCUUUUUCUGGCGAUGAGCAUGAACACUGAGCAGCAAGCCUGUGUUAUUUGUAAAGUAAAAGAUGAAGGUCCUACUGCCAAGCUUGGUACAAAGGGGUGCAUGAGUUUAGUGACAGUUAGCAAGAAGAAAGGUGAUCUGCUAUGUGUUUCUCCGGGCCAGAUAGUACAUCUUGAGUGUAGGAGGGUCUACUGUCACCCAAACCAGCUUAGAACAUCAAAAGAAAAGUCUGAUUUAAGCUCUAGUGUAAAGACACGGAAAUCUGGUGAAACAGCAUUUGAUUUUGAAAGUAAAUGUAUCUUUUGUGGUACUGACGCAAAACAAAAUGAAAAUAAAAGAGGUUAUGACGUUUUCCCAGUUAGAACUCUAGAAUUUCAGCAAACAAUAAAAAAUGUGUGUAAACAGAGAAAUGAUGAAUGGGGAAAUGAUGUACUUUGUAGGCUUGAAUUUGUACAUGACCUUCGAGCUGCUGAAGCUCGAUAUCAUCAAGUUUGUAGCGUUAAUUUUAGGACAGGUUAUCAAAUUCCUACGCCAUAUAAAUCUCCUGUUAAUUCUCAAAAAAGAAAAAAAGGUAGACCAACUAAAAAAGAAAUAGAAGACGCAUUCUUUGAUACCAUGAAGUAUUUUGAAAAUCAUGAACAUGAUCAGGUAACACUGUCAGAUCUUGUGAAAAUUAUGUCAGAGCUGUGUGGGGAUGAUGAAGCAUAUGGUACAGCUUAUAUGAAAAAAAGAAUGAUUGAACAUUUUGGGGAUGCUAUCAUUAUAUCAGAACUGAAUGGGAAACAUGACGUUGUAACAUUUAAAAGUACAGCUCAUUCCAUUUUACAUUCUUUUUAUGCCCCCGAAGGGAGGCAUAUAGUUUUUGAACCGUCUGUCUGUCGGUCUGUCGGUCUGUCAGUCUGUCGGUCUGUCCGCAUUUUUCGUGUCCGGUCCAUAUCUUUGUCAUCGAUGGAUGGAUUUUCAAAUAACUUGGCAUGAAUGUGUACCACAGUAAGACGACGUGUCGCGCGCAAGACCCAGGUCCGUAGCUCAAAGGUCAAGGUCACACUUAGACAUUAAAGGUUAUUGCAUUGAUGGGCGUGUCCGGUCCAUAUCUUUGUCAUCGAUGGAUGGAUUUUCAAAUAACUUGGCAUGAAUGUGUACCACAGUAAGACUACGUGUCGCGCGCAAGACCCAGGUCCGUACCUCAAAGGUCAAGGUCACACUUAGACAUUAAGGGAUAGUGCAUUGAUGGGCGUGUCCGGUCCAUAUCUUUGUCAUCGAUGGAUGGAUUUUCAAAUAACUUGGCAUGAAUGUGAACCACAGUAAGACGACGUGUCGCGCGCAAGACCCAGGUCCGUAUCUCAAAGGUCAAGGUCACACUUAGACAUUAAGGGAUAGUGCAUUGAUGGGCGUGUCCGGUCCAUAUCUUUGUCAUCGAUGGAUGGAUUUUCAAAUAACUUGG